UGGAGGGUCCGGAAAUGUGGUUUGUUUUGACUUUUUCCAAAUGAACUCUGCAGUGAUUCAUUAAGAAAAUAUCAAGCAAGCAAACUGAAUAGCUACAUGGUGUCAUUUUAUGUUUUGUCGAUGGCUUUCAGUGACAGUUCAACUGAAUGAUUUUAAGCUACAGGUCGCUCAGUCAAGGUUGGAAAAUUGAGGAAGUUAAGAAACUGACUCCUGUGGUUUCUCCUAUGGUGGAAAAGCAGCUCGGUAUAAUUCAUAUCUAGGAGCCAAAAUGGCGAUGGAGGCGGUAGUUUUAUGACUUGUCCUUCCUCAUAUGGCUCAAUCCACUUGACAGUGUGACCAUGGCGGAUGGUGGGCAGGCAGAAUCGGAGCAGGACAUCGAAAGGAAAAUACAAGAAGUUAGACAACGGUUCAAGGAGGAGUACGUACAAGAUUCAUCAGACAAGUAUGACUCCAGAGACGUGGAGAGGCUUCAGAAGGAUGUUGCGCUGGUGGAAGGCUACCUGGCAUGGCGGCUUUUUGUGGUGGAGGACGCCUUGAAGAUGAUUGACGAGAGUUUCCAAUGGAGAAGAGAGUUCGGGCUGAACGACCUCACAGAAAGCUCCGUUCCCAAGUGGAUGUUUGAGACCGGAGCGGUUUAUCUCCAUGGCUACGAUAAAGAGGGCAACAAAUUAUUCUGGUUCAAGGUGAAGCUGCACAUCAAGGAUGCAAAGACCAUCCAGGAGAAGAAGAAGUAUGUUGCUUUCUGGCUGGAGCGCUACGCCAAACGGGAGCCAGGCAUGCCCCUCACGGUGGUUUUCGACAUGACUGAGUCUGGCCUCAGCAACAUCGACAUGGACUUCGUGAAGUACAUCAUUAACUGCUUCAAAGUAUAUUAUCCAAAGUUCCUGUCCAAGAUGAUCAUGUACGAGAUGCCAUGGAUCAUGAACGCGGCUUGGAAGAUUGUAAAGACAUGGCUUGGUCCGGAAGCCAUCAGUAAGCUGAAGUUUGUGACCAAGAGUGAUGUCCAGACCUUCAUUGGGCCUGAGUGUCUUCCACCCCACAUGGGAGGAACCGAUGCCUUUAAAUACAGUUACCCUCCACUUACCGAUGAUGACUUCCAAACCCCCAUGUCUGAAAAUGGACCUAUUGCCAGUGAAGAUGAGACUGAGAGCAAGGAUGGUGAAAUGGAAUCCAAAGAAAUCCUGGACUCCAGCUUCAGCUCAGAGCCUCAGGCCCUCCGUCCCAGAAAGGUGAACUUCACAGAGGACGGUUUGAGGCCAGAGGAGGGUGACAGGAUGGACACUGCCAGCAGGACCAAGGCCGCCCGGAAACCGCUGACAACCUUUAAGGGGUCCUUACUGAACAUCAGUCCAGCCGAGGAGCUUUGCUUUGGGUCUAAAGAGACUGAGAAGAAAUGUCUGAUCAUCCUCAACAACGUGACCAAAAACCAAGUGGCCUUCAAGGUCCGUACAACAGCGCCAGAGAAGUACCGGGUCAAGCCCAGUAACACCAGCUGUGAGCCAGGAGCCUUCGUGGACAUCAUAGUAUCCCUGCACGGAGGUUUCCAGUCCUCUCCUCAGGAUCGGUUCCUGGUCAUGGCUGCAGAGAUGGAGAACAACGCUGGGACGAGUUCUCCAGAACUUGCACAGUUCUGGAAGGAUGUCCCAAAAUCAAAAGUGAUGGAGCACAGGCUACGGUGUCACGUUCUGGAGAGCAGUCCCAUCCCUAGCCCUAUGACGGACAGCCCCCUUGCUUCUGGGACCAGCAAACACCAGGACCUGCAGACUAUGCUCCUGCGGGUGAUGGCCAGCACUUCCCGGCUGGAGCAGCGGCUGGACCGGUGCUUGUGGAUCCAGAAGGUUCUGACUCUCCUGGUGUCCUUCCUGAUGGCGUUCAGCUUCUGCACCCUUUACCUCGUGUACACUGGAGGCAGCCCUUCGGGUCCGGGCCCCGCACCUGACUCCGCCCCUGGCCCAGCCCCACCUGCUUCCUAAACAUUAAACAGUUGGAGCCCCAGCGAGGAGGAAUACCCCAGUGCGUGACACGGAGACCAAACGAGGGCAGCCGGUCCCCUCUGGUUUCUGCUUGGAGCAGAGCUUGUGACAAAGCACACCGUCUCAUUGGAGAGGAGCCGAUGAUCAUUCAGCAGGAGGCCGAUGUCCCACAGCGAGAUUGGCUCUCCUUCCUGAUGUGAAGGGUCAAGCGUGAGUUUUCUGACACUCAGGACUUUCCAAGAACUCAAUAACACAUCUUAUUUUAUAGUGGUCAUCAAGAAAUUAAUGAUGCCCUUAUUUAUUGUAAAGGUAAUUAGUGCUUAAUUGUAAUUUAGAGAAUUGUAAUUAUGUACCAUAUUUCUUUUAAGUGUAAACAAUAAAAAUGCACAUUUGGUUUAAUUUUGUUUUUUUACAGCACCAAUUUUAACAUCAUGUCUGGACUUGCUUUCUCAAGUCAAACAAAUGUGUUUAGUGGAAAUUGGUGCUUGGGCCAGUCCUGCUUAUAACAGUGGGACAAGGUACUUCAUGUUAAUUUUAUGAUUCUGCAUUGAACUCUAAGCAAAUCUAUACAUAAUAUAUCCUAUAAUGGAAAAUAUUAAAUAUUUUUACAUGUAGAGUUGUACAGAAACUACAGCAAUGUACGUGUUGUUUCAAUAAUUUUAUUUAGGUAAUUAUGCAUUAAUACAGUCACAGAGUAAUUGCUCUGUCAGCAGUUUGCUUCAUUAUGAGGAAGAGAGCCUGAAUUGUGUAUCUGUGUCACAAGCUUAGUUUUGAGUGUAAGUGGAUACCAUAAAUCAACAGCUUUCGUUUUAAAGAAAAAGAAAAUGUAUUUGCCAAUUUUCUUAUACUCCCUCAAUCACUGUUUCCUUCAAAAUAACUUUGCUGUAAUAAUUACGGGUCCAAAAAUGAACAAGCAUUUGGCAGUGUAGCGAUCAUCUAGCAUAAAGUCAUUAUGCUGCUUGUCAGUUCAUACACUCUGGCAGCCCAAAUGCAUGUGAAAAGGGGAAGUUAAUAAUCCCAUUUCAUAGAAAGGUCUGACGGGUCUGAGUCAGAAGGCCAUGCUCCCCCCACCCCCCCCCCCCCCCACAGAGUGGAGGUGUUACCUCUCAAAGCAGGCGGCAAUCGCUCAUCACGCUAAUCGCAUCCCUCUGCAUAAAUAAAUGCUGAAUUUAAUAUGAGUGUUUACCGCCUGCAGUUCGUAUGGCACGCGUUCUCAUUAUGCAAUGAUGAGGACUCCAUUUCCUCAGAACAUUUUAAAGACCUGGUGUCUCGAGUGGAACAGAUUAGGAGGAGGUUUUUAUUACAGAACCUUACCUCCCUCAUCCCAUGAUAAUUCUAUAUCACAGCAUUAUAUAAGCCUUGUGAGUUGUACUUCAUUGAUCUCCAAGGGAACGUUUUUGUGCUACUUGCUUAUUAGGUGGCUGUAUAUCUUACUUUUUUAUUAGAUGUCUUGUUAAAAGGGUAAAACAAAUGGUAAUAUAUUGGUUUAAUUUUUUUUAAACAAGCUGAAUAUUUUCAUCUAUAUUUGUGUACUGUCAAUAUUGUAACACAGCUGAAGUUCCUUGCUACAUUACAGUGUUUCCGAUUCAGCCUUGCUAAUGUAGCCAAUCAUUUUUAAUAAUAAUGUAUUUUAUUGCCAAUAUAUGAAACCAAAACUGUGAGCGGGUCACUGCUGUUUUGCCCUUAAGCAGUGUGUCUAAUCCAUGAUGCUUCAGGUGGAAUAGCCAGGUGCAUAAAGGGAUAUAGAUGCUAGUAUCACUAUUUUUUUUUAAAGCUGUGCGAAUUUCUUUGGUUAAGGAGGUCUGCUAAACAUAAUUUAAUUAUUUACUGCUAAGCAUCAUUUAAUGCAGCAUAAAUGUUGCUGUGCACUGGCUCAAACCGUUGCAUGGGUGGAUGAUUAUGAACUCCUGACUGGCAGAAAAUGAGUAUGAACAGUAGAUCUCUGAGUAACCAUGGUGUUCACAUCCCAAUGGAAGACUGCAGGCUGUUAAAAUCAUUGGAGGAACAUUGUCUUUGUGACAUCCCUCCUCAAACACACAGAAAUAUCAAUUUCAUGAAUAAGCCAAAACCAUGAUGCUGCACUGGCAGACAAUAAUAAAAGAGAAUACCUGUAACACUGCUUAUUUUUGAGGAAGAAACUAAUGGAUUAAUCCAAACUGACGACUUCUGUGAAACAACUCAUUACAGAAACACAAACCUGCCCGUUUCUGCCCAGGGGCUAAUCUAACUGACUUUUUAACUCAAGCUGCCAGCAAACAGAAUUCUUGAAAAAAGGAAAAAAAAAAAAAAACCUGUUGGACUUCUAAUGUCACAAGCUAGUGGCGAUACAGAUGAGAUAUAUAUUUGGCAACACUGCAACUAGCUUUGUUUGGUGUGCAGUGCUGUAACCACUGUUUACACCUGUCUGAACUGAAAUACGGUUUCAGUUAUACCUUUCUGUAAUACCUUUGUUAGAAAAUAAAACUUGGAGUCUUA